AUGAAAUCUUUUAAAUCUUUUUUCAGGAUUCCAUAUGUGAACAAUAACAUAUAUCUCGAGCUAGCAAAAUUGGACUAUAAUAAUUGCCAGGCGUUACACCAACAAGAAUGGAAAGACCUCCAAAAAUGGUGCCGAAAUUCGAAUUUGGGUGUGUUCGGUUUGAGUGAAGGAAGCCUUAUGCAAGCAUACUACGUUGUUGCCGCAUCAAUUUUUGAGUCAGAAAAGUCACUAGAGCGCCUCGCUUGGGCAAAGACUGUGAUUUUAAUGCAAACUAUCACGUCACAUUUCAAUUCGGCCGAGCAAAAGCGUGCCUUCAUCGACGAAUUCGAACGUGACAGCGUCCUCACGUAUGCAAAUGGAGUAAGGUACAAAACAAGACCAAAUUUGGUGGGGAUAUUACUCAGAACUCUAAAUCAACUUUCAUUGGAUACAUUGUCGGCACAAGGCUGCAACAUUCAUCAACCAUUGAAAGAUGCAACUUGGGAAGGGAGAGGAGGCCGCGACGCGGAGCUAUUGGUGCAAACACUAAACCUAAGUGGCAGGGUGAGGACUGAGUCAAAGGAGUUGACAUCGUUACACCUGAAAUAUGAUUAUCUGAUGCAGGUGACUGUUAGUGUCUGCGAUAAGCUUCGUCUAUUUCAACAUCGAAAGGACCGAAAUGGGUGCAUGGCUGGUGCCGGAGGGAUUACGACUUUGGACAUAGAAUCGGCGAUGCAAGAAUUAGGGAAAUUAGUUGUUACAAAAUCUGCAGGUGAUUUGGAUUCACAAAUUAAGCAAAACUUUUUUAUUAUUGCUAGAAGCUUUUAUUGUUCAGCUUAUUGUAACAUAGGAACUAUUAAUUUCCAUAUUUCGAAAGUACUCUUCGAAAGAGUACAAUGA